AUGUCUCCAGAGGAGCUGGUUUACCUGGGGAUACUCGCAGCCUCUAUUCCUGUUGGAUUCUUAUUUCGUUUUGUCAGUCCUCCUGUGAAGCAGGGGGCAGCUCUGCUCCUUGGCCUCUCUGUGACUAUUGCCACCUGUCAUGUGCACACCCUCCAUUCUCUGGUGACGGUGAUCGGAACAUGGAUCAUCGUGAGGUGCAGCUGGAGGCAUGCUCCGGCCCUCAGUUUGGCCUGGACCUUCCUCUACCUCCUGUUCUUUCGGAAGGUCACAUGGUUCAAUCUGCCACCACCGACGCCAUAUGCCAACGCUGUGCAACUGCUCCUCACACUCAAGAUGGUGAGUUUGGCCAAUGAAGUCAGCAGUUUCCACGUUGAGAAGAAACAGGAUGUGAGCUCGUUUGAUAAGCCGUCUGUGGUUGGUGGAUUGUCCCAGGAACCGUCUCUUUAUGAUAUUUUGUCCUAUAGCUACUGUUACGUGGGCAUAAUGACUGGUCCAUUCUUUCGGUUUCAAACGUACAUGGACUGGCUGAAGCAGUCAGACCCUCAGUUGCUGCCGGGGGCUGUGCCGUGUCUGCAGCGACUGAAGCUCGUGCCCGUCUUUGGUGCUCUGUUUGUGGCCGUCAACUAUGUGUUUCCUCUGGCUUAUGUUCGCACAGAAGAGUUUCACGACCAAAACUUGUUUUUCAGGUUUUUCUACAUGAUUGCUAUCUUCUUCGUUUUCCGGAUGCGUUUCUAUGCUGCGUGGUGCGGAGCGGAGGCGAGCUGCAUCAGUGCUGGUCUCGGUUGUUAUCCAGAAAAGGCCCUGUCCAAACCUGGAGGAGGCCCCACUGUCCACUACAGCCCUGAUCCCAGCACUGAGGAAAAGUAUGACUUCAAAACCGUGCAGAACAUUGACUGCUACAACACGGACUUCUGUGUGAAAGUGCGACAUGGGAUGCGCUACUGGAACAUGUCAGUGCAGUGGUGGCUGCAUCACUACAUCUACCCCAACGCCCCCUUCAAGUCCUACACUCUCAGGGCCGGCUGGACUAUGUUCAUCAGCGCGUAUUGGCACGGGCUCCACCCAGGCUACUACCUCUCGUUCCUCACCAUCCCCCUGUGCAUUGCUGCGGAGUCGGCCAUGGAGGCGUCGGUCAGAUCCAAACUCAGUCCCAGAGGCCAGAGCGUCUUCGACUGCAUCCACUGGUUCCUGAAGAUGAGGGCUUACGACUACAUGUGCAUGGGCUUUGUGCUGCUCAAGGCCGAUGACACAAUCAACUACUGGUCCUCCAUCUAUUUCAUCAUGCAUGCGAUUGCAGUCUUGUGCAUCAUCGUGGGAAAGGUCUUGAAAAGUGGUAAAAAGGGACCAAAAAGUUAUGAGGAAGUUAAGAACGAAACUGGGUAG